AUGUUUGAAUAUCCGCCUGCCCGAAGAACAGACGUUGCCCAGCAAUUCUCUACCGCCAAUACUGGUUCACAGCAUUCUCCGUCUCUAGUCUCUGUUCCUAAUACAUACAGUUGGCUGGAGGACGAAGACAGCGAUGAAACCAAGACGUUUGUGGCCGAGCAAAACAAGUCUCUGAAUAGCCAUCUCCUGACCGACUCAUCCGAAGCGGUCAAAACCCGGCUGAUGACCCUGCUUCGCUCACAAGUGCAAGGGGAAGAAAUCAGUCAAGCGCCUGAAUCAGCAGGCGAAUAUUAUCUGUUGCGCGUUUCCGGCUGCGGGCGCCCAUUCCCUAUUACUUUCAAGUUCAAGAACAGUGAUUUGGGCAAACUCCUACAGCCGCUGCGCUCAGGUCCGACGGAAUAUGACCCUCAAACGGAAGGAAUGGUGCAUUCGUUUCACGACGAGGCCGCUAGCGGAGCUGGCAAGCUACUCUCUUCUGGCGUAAGCGGAAGUGGCAAGUACUGGGCAUACUGCACAAGUGUUGAAGGCUCAGACUGGGGCAUAAUCAGAGUAAAGGAAGUUGAGACGGGUCGUGAGCUCCAGGAGGAGAUUCGUGAUACCAAGUUUAACAACUCUCGGAAGCCAAUCACCUGGUUGGGGAACUCUGGUUUCUUCUAUCAGUUCUGGCAGUUCUCUGAAAAGCGAGCCACCUCCCACCCCCAGCUGCGAUAUCAUGCCCUUGGGACAUGUCAGGCAGAUGAUGUGCUAAUCUAUGAGGAAAAGUCUAACCCAGGUCGUUGCUUCUGGCUGAACCUGACUGCUGAUGAAAAGUUUGCAAUCCUGAGUAUAUAUGGCAGCGGACAAGAAUGCCAAGUUUUGGCUUCUCGAUUGCAGGUUACGGAGAAUCGACCCGUUGUUGAUUUUAGUGUCCAAAUUUGCGAUAAUUUUGACUACAAAUGGGAGAACAAUGGCGAGAUUGUCGGAUUUUCACUCGAUGGCUCCACAACUGGCUCUACAUUGCUUGUCGAAGGGGUUAAGCAACAGACAUUAAAACUCGCCCAAGUAAUUGGAGAUUGUUCUAUUCUCCUCAUCCGUUCCAAGGACGUUUGCGACCGGAUUCAGACCUUUUCCACUGUAGAUGGAGAACUUUCAGCAAUCAAUGCUCCCUUAGCGACAGUCUUUGAUGUGCAAUACAGUGCCGCGACCAAGGAUAUUUUCCUCAUCGCUUCGUCAUUUUCGCAACCUUUUUCGCUAUGGCAUAUUGAUGGGAAAACUCUCGGCUCGGCUCACGGGAACUCCGAUCAACCGCAACUUGUGAAAGUCCAUCCGACGACGCUUGCAAGCACUACAAUGGGAGGAGUGUCUAGUACACAGGUCUUUUAUACGUCGGCAGAUGGGACACGAGUUCCCAUGUUUCUGAUCGCCAAUGACUCGUGUCCAACCACGGCCGAUACACCCAUACUCCUCUACAUCUACGGCGGCUUCGGCAUCUCGGUGAUUCCCCAUUUUCGACCCGACUUUUUGGUCUUUAUCAAGGCAUUCCGAGGAAUAGUCGCCAUUGCCAACAUUCGAGGCGGUGGCGAAUACGGGCGGUCCUGGUAUCGCGCUGCCUGCGGACAACAUCGGCAAAGAGUUUUUGAUGAUAUUCACGGUGCUUUGCAGCACCUGGCACAUUCCUUUGGCACGCUGACAAGACGUCCUAUCCUGAUGGGGGAAAGCAUGGGUGCCUUGAAUGCCAUGAGUGCCAUUCUUCAACAGCCGGGCCUCGUAUCGGCGGCUUUGUUAAACGCGGGACCAUUCGACAUUCUUCGCCGACAAACCUCGGGUAUGGGGUUACGAGGCGUAGAGGAUAUCGGUGAUGAGACGGACCCGGUCCAGUUUGCGCACAUUCAUAAAUGGAGUCCCCUGGAAAACGUGGGAGACGGUCAACGGUACCCGCCUGCUCUGCUGACGGCCGGUGACCGGGACGACUUGGUAAAAUGCGCCAAUAGCUGCAAGAUGGUUGCUACGCUACAGCAUGCGCAAAGGCUGCUUGAAGGCAAUUCUGCUGUCCACCUCCGAGUGAUUAAAAAUCUUGGGCAUGGCGGGGCUGUGUCGACGGAAAUGCAGGCUGUGAUUAGUGUAGAACGCUGGUUAUGGUUGGCAAUAACGCUGGGGUUGAAGGUGUAUUGA